AUGGCCCCAUCGACCGUCAUGUCCACUUUGACCGCUGGUUUGAAAACCGAAGACCUAUCUCCGCGCGCGGCUCUCCUCGGCAGAGACGAGAUGCAGACCAGCCUGAGUCCCACAGAGGAGACGGGCAAGCCCAAAGUCGCGAUCCUCCCCUUCAGUGUGGAGGCGCUGAUGGCUGACAGGAAGCCCAGCAGCAGGGAGGUGCCGUCUCCGGACACCGCGUCCGUGGCCGGGACGUCCCAGGUGCUGGGAAAGAGCGCACGGGUGAGCUCCUUCGGCGGUCUGGAUACUUCACUUCCUGCCUUACCCAUGAGCGCUUCGUUUCCAAUGGGUGACAUCAUGAACAUGCCAGACGACGUGAUGAUUAAACCCGAGAGCCCGGACACGAAGGAAAGAACUUCGUGGCUACAGAGUCCUCGCUUUUCACCCACGCCUCCACGAAGGUUGAGUCCUCCCGCCUGCCCUCUGCGAAAACACAAGACGAACAGAAAGCCCCGGACGCCGUUCACCACAUCCCAGCUGCUGGCCCUGGAGAGGAAGUUCCGUCAGAAACAGUAUCUGUCCAUCGCCGAGCGCGCAGAGUUCUCCAGCUCCCUCAACUUAACGGAGACCCAGGUCAAAAUCUGGUUUCAGAACAGGAGGGCGAAAGCCAAGCGGCUACAAGAGGCAGAGCUGGAAAAACUGAAAAUGGCAGCCAAGCCCAUGCUGCCACCAGCUUUCGGGAUUUCCUUUCCACUCGGCGCACACGUCCCCGCGUCCUACGCAGCUUCGCACCCGUUCCAGAGGCACUCGCUGCCGGUUUCUCCUGUGGGACUGUACGCGGCCCACGUCGGAUACAGUAUGUACCACUUGGCUUGACCAGGACGCACGCAGAGUACUUUCUUUUCUGACAACCCCGAAGUGAGGUGAGGGAACGGACGGACAGGUGGGUGAGGCGGCUGUCUGCAGUGACAUGGCUCGAUGUCGCACCGGGACUGAGAGCCAGAACACUCCGCGUCCUUUUUCAGGACCCAGAGGUUUACCCACUCCAUGCCAGUAAGUUCACCCUCUGCAAAACAAACAAUCCAGCUUUACGAGUCAUUUACUCCUAAUCGUUAAAUCUUAAUUCGAGAUUGGAAGACAAAAAUACAUUUCUGAGAAAUAAAUGCGUGAGAAUAAAUGACCUCAAGGUGGAUAUUUUUGUGAUGCAGAGAGGUGCAAACCAUCCAAAGGACUAUAGACCUGCAUGAGAAAUCAUGGACAGUCAAGUAUGCACAGCAGUGUGUGUCUUACAGUGUGUGCAGCAGUGGUGGCUGACUUUAUGCUGAUCACGGCCAGGUGAAGGGCUACUCCGGAGCAUCAGUGAUGCGCACCUUCGCACUGAUCUCUGCUUGGUGGGUUUCUGUCACACUGCAAAUGCUAUACUUGUACAAUUUAGUUUGCAUUUCUAUUAAUGCGAAACUAAAAACCAGUGUCAAUGAAUGCUCUUUGUGAAUUUGGAGAACCACAGCAUUUGUUUUGUUUUUAUUCCUUUCUAAUUUCUUUUUUAAAUAACAGCACCGUCUGUUGUCAAAAUGAUUCCCUUCGGAAGGGAUAUGUGUACUGUAAAAUUAAUGUAUAUUUGAAGAAUAUUCUCAUUUAUAUUAUGAAUAUAUUGGUGACAUAACUUAAUAAAUUGUUUAUUCUUUUUUUCAAGAAGAACCUCUUUCGUUUUGACUGACACUUGCACGGUGUCUGCUGCACCAACACUUGACUAUUAAGUAAAACAUCAACAAAAUAAAUACAAAAUAUAAAAAUUCAUCACUGACCUAAAGAUGAACGCAAGUAACUCGUG